AUGGACCCAUCCCGCUGUGCCACAGAUGGCCAGAACUGUCUUGCCUCACACUGCAGCCUGAGCUUCCACAUCCACUUCCGUUUCUUCACCACAAUCGCUACUUGGCUCCUGGUAAGCAGCCCUUCCUGUUUGCAUGAAUCUGAUGAGCUCUCUAGAAAAUGGCCCUGCAUAGAGCUUCCAAAGGUGAAACUCGGUAGAGACAAGCCUGGAGCUAUACCUCUUGACUUAGAAAUGGACCUGAAAUCCAAUAUGGAAGAGAGAGACUGGUUCCUGAAGAAGCUGUGCAGAAGGGCUGCUGGCACUGGUCUAGACUUGAACAGUAAUGGAUUAACAACAGUGGGUGUGAAGGAAACCGACUUGGAAGAACUAGAUAUUUCCUGGAACGAUUUUGUCAGCGGGACCCUCCACUCUUUCACCCAGCAAAUGCAUCCUAUCAGCAAGUUAAAAGUCCUGAGGCUGAGUAGCUGCAGACUUACCACUGAGGACGUUCAAACACUGGGGGGCGCUCUUGAAAUGAUGCCUGAACUGGAAGAACUGAGUUUGUCCUGGAACAGCAAGGUGGGAGGAGAGUUGCCUCAGGUUCUCCGCACAUUCCAACAAGGGAGCAAGAUUCGAACACUUGAACUUGUGGACUGUGCCCUCACGUCACAGGACGGAGUGUUUGUGGGUCACUUGCUACCUAAGCUGCGGAACCUUGAAGUAUUUGACCUUUCCAACAACAUAAAUAUUGCCAGCAGUCUAGACAUCAUAGCACAAGGAUUGGAAAGUACGUCAGGCCUGAAGGUGUUGAGGUUGCAUUCCUGUGGGUUGUCCCAAAAGAGCAUCAGGAUAUUGGGUGAUGCCUUUGCAUUGUUGGGUGUGCUGAGGAUACUGGAUCUCUCCUGCAACAAGGAACUGGGUGGAGGCUUUGAGGAUGUGCCUGCUCAGCUGGCUUUACUGAAGCAUCUGGAAGUCCUAGACCUUCACCAGUGCUCACUGACAGCAGGAGACGUGACGUCAUUGACUCAGAUUAUUCCUUUACUCUCCAACCUGGAAGACCUGGAUUUGUCAUCCAACAGAGACAUGGGUGGCUCCUCAGAAAACCUACUCAGCAGGCUCCGGUUUUUACCAGCACUGAAGUCCUUGCUGAUUAACAGUUGUGCUUUAGAAAGUGAGACUUUCACCGCUCUUGCGGAAACCUCCAUGUACCUCCCUGCCCUGGAGAUACUCAACCUUUCCUGGAAUAAGUGUGUUGGUGGGAACCUGGAGCUGCUUCAACAAACACUAAAUUUGUCAAGGUCGCUUCGAGUGCUGCGGCUGAGCAGCUGCUCGCUGGUGACAGAGGAUGUAGUUCUCCUGGCCUCGGUCAUACAGACAGGACAUUUAGCCACGCUGCAGAAGCUUGACCUGAGCUACAAUGAUGGUAUUUGUGAUGCAGGAUGGGCCAUCUUCUGCCAAAACCUCUGCUUUCUUAAAGAGCUAACUGAACUAGACAUUAGCCUUCGACCUUCAAGCUCCCAAGACUGUGGGCAAUGGUUUAGGCACUUACUAUAUGCUGUGACCCAACUUCCUGCAAUCACUGAGAUAGGGAUGAGAAGAUGGGUCAUCCCAGCCCCCCAGGAAAAAGAACUAGAUUGCAUUACCCAGGACCACAGAAGAGACAUUCGAUUUGACUAUGGUGGGUUUCAGUGCGAUGCUUUGUAA